AUGGUGGCGACUGAGUAUGAACAAUGUAUCCGCUUUGAGGAUGGCCUCAGGGAUAAUUUGAGAUUCUUGAUAGCUCCACAGAGGGAGCGUGAUUUUCUUCACUGGUUGAGAAGGCGAAGAUCGUCGAGGAGGCUAAGCGCGUUGAGGGCCAAAACUGUGACAGAGAGAGAGGUUGGAACAAGAGGGAUUCGGAGUGCUUUAGUUUUGUGCAUAGGCCUAAGAAAAAGGCUAGAGUUGAUAGAUAUAGGAUCUACACAUUCCUAUGUAGCCAGCGCUGUGUCUGAAACCUUAGGGAUUCCAGUUGAGAGUACCUUAAGUGAGGUAACCGUAUUCAGCCCGCUGAGGGUCAUAUUGAGAACUGAGGAAGAUAAUGAGGUGGUCAUGGUUGGGGAGCAUCGAAAUUAUUUAUGUAAUGUGAUCUCCGCAUUGGUGGCGAAGAAUUUGGUUCAUAAGGGAUGUAAGGCAUUUUUGGCCUACGCUAUUGUUUUUUAUUAUGGGGAUUCUGCUACUAAGGACAUCAGAACAGUAAAAGAUUUUUCAGACGUUUCCACUGAAAAGCUACCGAGGUUACCUUCAAAUCGUAAAGUGGAGUUUGGGAUACAGAUCCUUCCUGGUACAGCUCUGGUGUCCAUGGCUCCCUACCGAAUGACACCAAAGGAGAUUACGAAGCUUAAGGCUCAGAUUUAG